AUGACAGAGCAUUGCAAGACAAUUUCUCACCCUUGGGUGAGGACACCCCCCUAUUAUCCUGUAGAAGGAGCCGAUAAGAUUGGACCAAGUGGUCACUACCCGUUCAAGCGACCUGUCAAUUUGAAGGAAAAUCCCACUCAUUGGACUUUGAAGAGGUACACUGGAUUGCCAGUGGACUGUAGAUUGAGCGCCCCUGUGCCUAGUCGCAAGAUUAACAGCGACCAGGGCGUACACCUCAAAGUUGAAAAUUACUGGCUGGCCCCAUCGCCGGACCAUCCCCGCAACUUUUGUAGGACUGUUGAAGAGCCAGUUAUGUAUUCUAGCAAGCCAGCAACUCGAUGUGAGGAGUGGUCGACGUUGAGAUGCAUGUUACCCUCACAAGGGGUCCUCAACCACCAGAAGCCACCCAAGUGGGGGACGGGACACGCGCUACCACCAAUCCGUGGGGACGAUAAAACCACUUACACCUUCUACAACAGCCCAAUGACAGAUUAUGUGGAUGAUAUGCACGCAAGCAACAAGCUAUUUAAACUCUUCUAGAAUUGCAAUAAUACUUGGAUCUCCUCGGCUGCUAUUCAGUGAUGUGCUGCAAAACUUUAAAAAUCUCAUGAGACGAUUUAAAUAGUUCUUGAAGCAAAAAAUGCGGCUACAAAAUCAGGACUGACAAAUAUUUUUCGUGAUGAAAACGAUUACUGAUGUUUUUCAACAAUAAUCAGUCGAGAGACUAUAUUCAAGGAAUAUAAGAAUGAAUGGAAUUUUUGUCACUCAACGUCAAUGUAAUUUAUAUGGCAUUGUGCCAAAGAUUUUAGAUUUUAGAUACAGAUUUAUUUGCUAAGAAAAGAUUUAAUUUACACAUCAUUAUGAUUGUCGAAAGAUUUACAUUUUAUUUUUAAAUCGAAUUGAUGAGAUUUGUAAAUUUACUUUGUUCUAUGUAAGGAAAAACUUGGACUAA